AUGCUGUCGGAUCUGCCUAACGUGCUCAUCAUGACGUUCUUUUGGAUUCCGAUGAGUUACUUUGAUCUAUCGACAAGCAUAGCAAACCGCUCAGCCAUUCUCAACAGUACAAGUGCCGUUUCGACUUCUGUGGCUUUUACCUCCAGUAAUUUUGCGUUGAACACGCAAUUGCUCAUUGUGAUUACGCGAUUUGUUGGUGUGUUUUAUACGUUCUACUUUGAUCAAGUGUUUCGAUCGAGAUAUGUUGUCCUUAUGUUGGUUGUGGCGGGUAUUAUGGCAUUAAAUCAGCAUGGUAAGAUUUGCAAUAGCGUUUUCACUAAUGAUACGGCAAAACCUCGGUACGACAGACGCCAAUGCAGCGAAAAAUGAAAGAACUUUAAGGAACUAUUAUAAAGGUCUCACAAGUCAAUUUCAGACCGAAAUAGACCUCUCUACAACAAAGCCUCUACAUAACAAGCAGUGUUUAUCCCUCGGGCAUUGCCAUUUCAUUGUCAGAUUCCUUUACAGAUAAGAUACCCUCUGAUUUCAGCGAUUGGAAGCCUCUAUUUGAGAAGAUCGGUCCAUUUUGAUCCACUUACCUUUGGGUUCCAUUAUGUGCCUUUCGACGGCACCAUUGAUAAUCAAGCCCACAACACAUCUUACAUCAUUUCCUUGGUCCAUUUUUGGUGCUUGAUUUUGGCCUGUGUCGUCUUAGCUCUUGUGACCAUGAUCAAAUUGCACAUGGUAAAUAACGUAUGUCCUUUACUACCUCUACGACAAAGAAAAUCUUACAACCGGGGACAAAUUAUUAUCUUAUUUUCAGGUCCAUCAUAAAGGCCCUGGAAUUCACAAAAAAGUGAAACGCAGGCGACGCCAAGCCGAGUGGAAACUGCUUGUGGUCAGCAUUUCCACACCACUCAUUAUGUCGGUCCAGGCGAUCGUGGCUGCAACUUCAUAUCUCCUGUUUUCAUUUCCUCCUGGAAUGAUCGUUCUUUUCGUAUUCAAUUGGGUAUUCGAACUGAUUACUGUACAGUCGUUUGCGUAGGUGAUGGCGAUUUGAGCACGGCAGUGCAUACUUUUUAGAAUAGUCCUGCUGCUUAUAAAUCGAUCCUUCUGGAAGUUCCUGCAAUGUCAGCAGGCAUCAUGCGAUAUCAACAGUUUACGAGGUGUGCCUUCGACAAAAACGACAUUCUAAUCUUAUGUUUAUAUCUUGGUGCCCCUGAGCCUACCAAAAAAAAGCUCUACAGAUUUGGUACGGAACGUAUCUACCCUGUGUGUACAAUUACUGCCUCGGGACUUAUAAACAAAUCUUUGUGUGUCCAGAAAAUGUGUCACGAUGACAAACCUUUGAAAUUUUCCAGUGGUAUAAACAACGGCUGUACAUGGCUAGGAGUUCUUCGUAGAGUAUCCUCAAAAAAAUUUAGGCUCAAAACUUUAGCAAAGCGCGGUUUUAAUGACGUAUUUUUUGAAUUUUGCUUCAUUUUUCUGCGUCGACAACGUUUACAGUGCCAGUAAAUUCCCAUUUCCCUGACGUGCUUCAGGGAGUAUGCUUCCAGCCACUGAUGCAUUUUAACUCAGUGUCAUCGUGACACAUUUUCUGGAGACACAAAGAUUUAUAAGUCCCUAAGUUUAGCCUAAUGUAAGCAUAUUUUACUAAUAAAUCACCGAGAUUUCUAUAUAGCGGAAUUGUUCCUGAUGUCCUUAAAUGUGUGUAUGUUCCGUAUUUAUGUCAGUUUCUCCUUGUGUUCUUCUUUUCCUUCUAAAUGCCGAGUGAUUGUUCCCUGUUCUCCACUUUUGUUCAACCUCCCUUCAAGCCCUUUGGACUCCAAUCAAACUCCUCAAUUUGAACACUCAAAUGGCUUCAAGUUCCUCCGAUUCGACCGAUUUCGUUGAUGAUAUUCCGGAGCUGCGUCGAGUUUUAUCUGUUGUUGGAUUUGUCCUUGGACUCGAAUCAAUUGCUGUAAAUGUAUUUGCUAUAUGGUUUCUGUGCAGGACAUCUCCGCUAAGGAAUUUUAACGCAGCUUUAACGGUUCUGAAAAUUGCGCUGGAUAUUCCAACGGCAUUGGUCUGGACUUUCUGGUGGUUGCCUUGGUCCUUUGCGGCCGAGUCCAGUCGUACGGAGGAUCAAGAUCCCUGGUGUUUGCCACGAGCUUACAUGGGUAUUGACAUUGCUUUGUACUUUGUUGUUGUGUCAUCCUUUCAUUUGUCGCUCUAUGCACAGGUUCACAUUAUUCUGGCGAGAUUUUUUGGGGUUUUCUACGGGUUUCUCUUCCAACGAAUAUAUCGGAAGCAGUACAUUGUCAUCGGGGCGCUGAUUACCGUAUUUAUCGUCUUCAACAGAGUCGGUACGUUGUUUCUAACAGUUGGUAAUUCUAGAGCAGAGAUUACUCUAUAAAAUUGAAUAUUUUUCAGCUGUGGAAUCGCUGUACAUUCAGUGCGUCGCUGAGUACUCUCCAUCGUUCUUCGUUUUCUUGGGGGCUCCAAUGGACGAUCUUGGCAAAGAUUGCGACACGCCAAAAUUUUUGUACCCUCUGCUGAUUACUCACUUUUGGAUUGUUGUGGGCAUAUGCCUCGUGGUGGCAUUGGUGACCGUUGUCAAAUUGAGAUUACUGAAUCGAGUGAGUCAAAACAUGGGUUCCCGUCAGUUCGUAAAGCACCCGGAAGGUAUUAUUUUUGACGUGCUGGUCGACGAAAUCAUUCCAACGGCUCUGCGAACGGACUGGAAAUAUACUCCCCGUACAAUGUUUUGACCCCCCUCCUAACUCCGUCCAAAGUGUACUAAUUCGGACCAAAUUUGGUAUGUAGUAUACUCACAGGCUAGUAACAAAAAAUAACAUGGCUGGACCUACCUUAUAGUUGAAUAUCAAAAUCUGGGGGCAAUUUUCAAAAAUCACCUUAAAAAAUCGAGGAAAAAGUUUUGACCCCCCUUAAAAAAAAGUUAGAUAUCGCCAGCGGAUGCCACGCAAACUUAUUGUAAUCGACGUCCCAUACCUGAAUACAGGUUAAUAUAUGGUUUUCCGUUGAAUGCUUCGUUGCAUUUGAGGAUUCAACGCGUUAAACCGUUUUUGAUGUAGAGGUGCCCAAAAUAGUACAAAUCUUGCCCUAGCGUUUUCCUAGAGCUCUAAAUCGGGUUUAUAUUAUGUGAUUUAGACCUGUGUUAACCUUCUCCUUUCGAUAAAAGUGCGUGGUGGCCUGACGGUGUAGAUUCGGCAGAUACCCUCUUGUCAUGCCCAGCCUUGGUGAGCUAUUUGCUCUUUGACUCAAGGUCGAGAUGUGGUUAUUAGAUCCUCAAUGUAAUCCUGAGACUCCUAGUUACUCUCAAAGAAAAAAUAAACUCCGGCUGACACGGUCUCAUAUGGUUUGCAGGCGCAACUUCGCCGAUCUGCACCUUAACGAAAAACCCGCGUUUUUCAAAUGGAUUUUUAGCCACCAAAGACAGCUUUCAUUUGAUGGACCAGGAAAUUUAAGACGCUACAGCACUUACCAUACUCAUUUGAGACGUAUGAAACGCCAAAUGGGAGGUGGUGAUGUCAUCGUACUCGGGGUCAUCUACAGUAAUGGCAAAGUUAAGAUUAAGGUGAAUGAAACCCAUUACAAAACGUGUCAAAUCAAAACAUUUUACAUUGCUGAGAGUAACUAGGAGUCUCAGGAUUACAUUGAGGACCUAAUGACCACAUCUCGACCUUGAGUCAAAGAGCAAAUGGCUCACCAAGGCUGAGCAUGACAAGAGGGUAUCUGCCGAAUCUACACCGCCAGGCCACCAUGCACUUUUAUUGAAAGGAGAAGGUAAAUACAGGUCUAAAGCACAUAAUAUAAACCCAAUUUAGAGCUCUAGGAAAGCGCUAGGGCAAGAUUUUUACAAUUUUGGGCAGCUCUACAUCAAAAACGGUUUAACGCGUUGAAUCCUCAAAUGCAACGAAGCAUUCAACGGAAAACCAUAUAUUAACCUGUAUUCAGGUAUGGGACGUCGAUUACAAUAAGUUUGCGUGGCAUCCGCUGGCGAUAUCUAACUUUUUUUAAGGGGGUCAAAACUUUUUCCUCGAUUUUUUAAGGUGAUUUUUGAAAAUUGCCCCUAGCUUUUAAAAUUCAACUAUAAGGUAUGUCCUGCUAUGUUAUUUUUUGUUACUAGACUGUGAGUAUACUACAUACCAAAUUUGGUCCGAAUUAGUACACUUUGGACGGAGUUAGGAGGGGGGUCAAAACAUUGUACGGGGAGUAUAAGAAUGCGGUACCAAGUGCGAUGACCAAAGCUUCUUUAAAUUUUCUCCACAAGCUAACGAUAGGCCACAUAGCAAUUCCUUAAAGUUUUAUCUGGAAUUUUGAGGCGCAGCCGAGAUUAAGCAUGGCUGCAAACCGGGCCAGCCCGGCCUGGGCUUGGAAAAUUUGGAAAGCCCGGCCUGGUUCGGCCCGGAAAAAUUUUGUACUAGGCUGGAAAGAAACAAAGCAGGAAAUGAAGGGAAAGUUACGGCACGUUUUCGCAAAAUGUAAAGAAUAAUUUAGCAAAACCUAUACAUAGUGCAAUUGCCGCUUGACUAUUUUUAUAAAUUACUAAGUCGCCACAAAAUUAGUCAGCCCGGCCCGGGCCGGAAAAUUUUGGAAAGCCCGGCCCGGAGCCAUGCCUAGCCGAGAUAUGGAACGAAAUUUGCGAGACGUUUUGACCGUAUUGUGCCGUGUUUCAUGCAGACAAAGUGUACUUGUAUUGUCGUUUUUUUUGACGAACCUUUUCUUGCCAAAUUUGACAAACAGUGCCACCUAUAAGAAAUUUGUAGGAACAAAGCAAGCUUGCCCACAUCUCCGAGCCGGUAAAGUCGCAUCGCCGAAGUGCUGAAUGGAAACUUCUCAUCAUCAGCGUGACAACGCCAGUUCUACUUUCGAUUCAAGUCGUUGCAAUAAUGGAAACUGAUUGGACGAUAAACGAAAAACGGACAAUCGGGACAAUCGCCAUACUUAGCUAUGUCUUAAAUUGCAUUGCGGAGUUAAUUGUUAUACAAUCCUUUGCGUAAGUCCAUCUUUUUGCAUAUAACCAGUUAGCUUCCAUUUAGGAUCGUGCAACUUUUGAUUAAUCAGUCGUUUUGGAGGUGGAUAAAAUGUCAACCGAUCGAAGUGGCGCAGUGCAGCACUAAGACUCUGAUAUCAGCAAAGAACUCAAGUUGAUUGUUUAUCUUACUGAUUUGAAAUUUUACAUUGUUUGCUUGCGCCAUUGAACUCUCAUCUUUUCGGGAAAUGAUGUGGAUAAAUUUGACAUAGGAUCCGGGAAAUAAAAUGGAUAAAUUUGACAAGGGUCUAUCAAAACAGUAAUAUUAGUCUUUGGGAAAAUAAUGUGGAUUUGUCACAGCAGAAUGUCUCAUUCCAUCGCAAUCGUACACCAAAGCUCCAACCGCGGCUAGCUGUCGCAAGGCGAUGAUGGACGACCCAAGAUGUGAUAAAUCCACAUUAUUUCCCCGACGGACUGACAAUUUGCUAAUAAAUCAGAGAAGUCUAAUAAAAGGACACCUUGGGAAGUCCAAUUUACGAAGGUCAUCUAUAAUUAAUAAAAAAUGCGAAAUUGUUAACGCAAGCUGACCCUGUAAAGUGCAAAUCGUUUAAAUUUGAUUAUCAUUCUGACAACAUUUGUCAGUAACAGUCCGUGUCGGCUCUGUGGUCCAUCGAUUGAUACCUCAUUCAUCACCACGCUUUCUAAUGCUUCAAGGCUCGUGGAAAGAGCCUUGCUAAAGCUGCCGAAGGUCAGGAAGAGGCGUGGCAGAGACUUGCCAAAAAACUUGUAAGAAUGCAUUAAAAACUUGUAAUAAUGAAUUAGUGACGAAAAAGAAGAUAAGUAUGUUUCGUCAGAAGGAAAGGAUGGCUAAAGCAUCACCAAAGGGAUCCCCGUUCUUUAAAGGUUGUUAUCCCCGAGAAACUUGCAGCGGAUGACGAAUGAGAUAAUCAUUUUUCUUGGUUAAAGCUGCUUCUUGAUUCGAUCUUUGAUAUCGUCCUUUAAGUUCACCCUUAAAAUGACCUUACUGGACGCUGCACUUCUGUUCCGAGGAAAGAGAAAGAUGAAAUUUUGUGGAAAUUUCGGUCGUUUUUCUUGUCGGCUGGGCUUCUUUUGCAGCUGGAAAAUAACUCUUUUUACCAACGUUGACCUGCUCUAUCCACUUGAAAUAGUCACUUUCUCGAGCGCUGGAAAAAAGCUCAGAUAAUUCCCUUGUUAGCAAACUCCUACGUCAUUUUUCUUGAACUUUAAAGGCCGUCAAAGCCCAUGUCAGCUGGUGAUUCUCUGAAAUCAUAGUACCUCCAACAUUCCACGGUUUGUUUUGAUAAAUGUUCGUAGAUCCAUCAGUUUUCAUAUAUCUUCUACCCGCGAGCUGAACAAUCGCACGUUGGAAUUUCGCGAAAUGUCGACGAAUUUCGUUGACGAAAAAGUGAAGAUUUUUUAUUUGCUUUAUGAAUGCGUAGGGUUACGACGGUUUAUCGCUUUUUGGAAUGCCUUUAUGAUAUAUUACACGCCUAUUUACACGUCAAUGGCGGCAAUAUACGGGCUUGUUAAAAUAAAUGAGCCUGAGGGAAUAUUGAUAGGGGUUUGAGGGGGUAAGUGGGAAUUGGGAUUGGUUCUGAGGCAAUUUAUUAGGAACGAAGGUAAGAAACAACAAUAAAGUUAUGGCUCUUCGCAAAUCCUAACGUAAGAUGAGAUAUGUCUUAUUAAUAAAAUGCUAGAAAUUGUCAAUCCUAUUUUUUUAAAAUUUUCAUUGCCUACCGUACUUUCCGACCUUACGCAAUCGUUUCAGUGAGUUUCUGGACAAACUGGUAGGCAUUAUUCCUGCCUCUAAGUGCAGCAACGAGAGAGACAAUGCUUAAAAAGGCGUCGCGUUUCAAAAAAAGAGAAAAAACAAGGGAUCUCGGAAUAUUGAUCUUUGGCGUAAUGUCGUCGAAUUAUCAAGUCACAAACGAAAACUUUCCUAGAGAAAAAGAUUUUUUUCGAAAAAAAAUGUUUAUUCGAAGACAAAAAUAAUCUUUCGGACUCGUUAAUUCUGUGGCACUUCGCAAAAAAUCAAUGAUCCGAGAUUCCUUUUUUUCAGUUUUCUGAACGAAUUUUUUUUGACGUCCCCCAUCAAUCUACAGUAGUAUGCACUUUUAAACGCGUUACGAUCUAAAAAACAAUAGUUUUUUUUCGGAUGAAAAAGCCAAAUAGACCCUAUUGUAGUCAGAUCCGUCAUAACAACCGUAGAAUAGGAGUUGUUUUCCAAGUUAAAAGUACAUUGCUUAUCUGCAUUUCUAGUUUUUUUAUCUGGCCCAUCAUCUUGUCGUAAUGUUGAUUCAAUAUGUGUAUAAAGAUGAUUGUUUGGGCUUAGCGUGGGUUGAAACAAAAAGAAUCGGCAAUUUUUCGCUCGAACUUAUUGUUAUUCGCGGUCAUAUGGGAAGAAAAAGAGAGGCUAAACUUUACGAAAAAAUUCUUACGACUAUUAGUCAGUGGGUCGGCCUGGAAGGGCUGUUUAUUUUUGAGGCAAUGGCUUUGGAACUUUUAUUCCUCGAGAGGUCCCACGCACGGAUUUUCCAUAAUUUGUUAUGUUGAUGAUAGCCACGGCAAGGUAUAAUAUUUAUUAUUUCGGAUAGCUUUGGCUCAAUUUUGGGUAAGCAACCGAGAUAUUUAAUAAGCUGUUUCGGUUAGAGUGAACAGGGAAAAAAGAGACGCCAGGUCGGAAAAGCGCUUUCAAAUACAGUGAAACCUCUGUUACAACAAAGUCUCGUUAAGACGAACAAAGUCAGACGUUUCAUGGGCUGUCUUGAAGCCAAAUUAAAUAUCCAUAACGCAAAGCCAUUUUUGUGAAUAAAUUUUUUGGUAUUUUGCGACUUAUUGUAGGCAUUUGAUUGUAUGCUCUUCGAAAUUAACUCGGAACAACCUGACGUUUUGCGUAGACAUUGCUGAGUUUAUGAGAAAUGGAGAAAUGGUAUGCCAAUUCUUCACACUUCUUCUGCAAAAAAUACCGGAGCUCUGCCAAAAAAUAAAACAAAACAAAAAAAAUCCGCAUUUUUUGAUGACUCACAAAUUUCCGUUUAAAAAGUUCCGUUUACACCCCCUUUCCGUCUCCCAUAUUUCCUGCUAGUUUGCAGGGGUAAAUUGCGUGCUUACGUGUAAUUACCUGGGUCUUGUCCGUAAUUAUUAUGUAUUUGUUCCACCUCCUUCCGGUUCUAGAAUGGGUGUAAUGAGGAAUUUUGCUUUGAGCACAGAUGAUGCUAACAAAUAAUUUUUUUAUGUAUAAAGGGCUCAGUAUUUUUGUUGGCUACAAGAUGGUAAUCAUUUCUUUCCUGAUUACAGCAGGCGUCGCAUUUUACAUCAUGUCUUUCAAAGUGUUUGUAUAUUUUUGGUUUUUAAAUUUUUUAUGGGAAAUUUUUUAUGGCAAGUGUAGAUUUGGCCUAUAAGUUCGAAUAAACAUGGCUCUCGCGCCGAAGAAAAUUUGAAAUGGAGCCGGGACUGACCUGUUUUAGCCCGCAGGCCGGGCAUUUUUACCCCGGUCGGGCUCGAGAGCCAUGCCUAUUCACAACCGUCGAAAAAAAGUAAAUUAUUAGUUCACAAUACUACAUAUAUUUUUGCGUGUUUUACCCUUUAUUUCCGUAUUUUCCCCUCUAAACUUCCUCAAUUCCCAGACAAAUUCUUUUGUUUUUCCGUCUAUCCUUAUCUAUUUACCCAUGGCCAAGACUUCCGUCCGGGCGUUCCGUCUGACGUCCCCAACAUUUUUCUCAUGUUGUAAUCAGCUGAACGGGCCAACUGUUUGGCUGAUUGUAAACACAUUCAUGAGUCAGUUGGCGGCCGAGAGGGGAGAAGAUCAGGCCCGUCAAGCCCAAAGAUUUUCCUCCUCUUUUUCUUUUUUCUCGUCCUCCGUGGGCUGCGAUCAAUAACGUCUGCGUAUGUAGGCCGAUCGAUAUGAGGACAAGAGUGCAUUUUCAAAUUGGUUUCGAAUGGACAAUGAUAUGAAAAUUAAUUCUUUUGGGGUGGAAAAGGUCAGACAGAGGAGGCAACGUCAUUUGACGUUAUUUAAUUGUUUUUUUGGAUUUUAAUCAUUAAAAAAACUCGAAAAUUAACAUUGUUAUUGAAUUGAUGGACAGUAGUUUCUAUUGUCAAAAAACCGUCAGAAAAAAAAUUGUAAAAGUGCCAAAAACAAAUCAUAAGAGCAAAAAAAUGUUGUUGAAUUCCUCUUUGUUUGAUUUCAAAUUGCCUGUCUGCAACGUUUCGCGUAUCUCUAAGCUGCUUAGCAUUGCCUUUUGUUUCUCAACUUUCUAUAUUUUCUUUUGGCCACGAUUUGCACGGCCUUCCACUUCAUUGCGCAGUUCAAAGAAACAUUUUUCUUCAAUUUGUUUACAGUAGAAGCACUCCAAGUGCUCCAAGUGCGCCGCUCAGCUUUUGCGGAAACUUGGCACAAAUUUAGAAUACAGUGUUUCUUCUAGCGCAUACGGGAGAUUUCUAGCUUGCGCUUAGCAGAAACGACCAAGAUUUUUCGGCAAAACUGUUAGAGAUAUGCGCUAUUUUUUGCGAAUUUUUUCAUGAAACUUUCCUUCGUAUUUUGAUCAUACUUGUUCGGCCGUGAAAGCAACUUGCAAGAAAACAAAAAAAUUAGUCGGUAUCGGAAGGUUUAGAGGCGCAAUGGCCAGCUGUGGCCUAAAAUUGGUCUGGCCGUUUCUACUGUACGUCUACAUAUUUUUUAAACGUCAAGGAGCUUCAUUUGUCACUUCGAAUGCUGAAAAACUGAUAACAAUGAUGUCAAAUUACUAUAGUACAUAUUUGCUCUCAUCUUUUGGCUAUUUUUCAGAUCGUCCCAAAAAAAUCGCUUUUUUGCCCGAUUUUCUCCGAAUGUUUUCCAAACAUACGGAACUUCUUACUGUAUUCGUUGCGGUCAGAAAUUUCGCCAUAUGUCACGUGAAAUUUGCAGAUCAUAUGUUUGCGCGAUUCGAAGAGACUCCUUUUAUUGUUUUUUGCGUUUAUUUUGCGAACGAAUUAUUCUUGUGGGCCAAGGGUUUUUUAUUUUUUUUCUUUUGGGAAUUCGAAAAAAAUGGGAAACAUAUUGGAGGACCAAAAGUCCGAAGAGAAUGGGAACUCUUGGCCUCCAUUCUUCGAGGGGUUUAUGAAAAUUUCUCAAUUUUUCCUUCUUCUUUCGAGUUCUUGUACUGAAAUACGGGGUCAAAAUAUUAUUUCAACAAUCUAGGGUAAGAUCUGGUACAGUUUGCAGCAGGUCGCAUAUAACACAACCUGUAUGUAGCAAACAAUUUUAAGGCCCCAAAGUUGAUCUUCGUGUCCAAUCGAACUUCCGUACAACAAAGCCCUUCUAUAAUAUAACGAACAAAUUUUUGGUGCCCUGCAAUUGGUUUCAUAGGAUCAUUUGCAUGUAGUUUUGUUUACUUGAGGCGAAGAUAAAGCUCUAUUUUUAUAUAAAAAAUAUAUUUCCUUAUUUGACUUCUAGGCCUACUAUACGUAUAUUGAUUACAAAUUCAGUAAAAACCCUGUAUAACAAAUCAAAAAAAGAGCAAAAAGAUCGAUUUGUUAUAAAAGGACUUUUUAACUUUGUUAAAUAGAAUUUUAUUUUGGUUUCAUAUAGACUCUGUAUAUUUUACGAGAGUACGUUAUAGACAGGUUUCAAUCUUGGUACAGAGCUUCCACUGUAUUUUUUUUUAUUUUUUUUUGCAGCGCCUUCCUCAGGUUUUUAGAUAUUCAUUUCAAAAAACCCUUCACGUCCCUUCGAACGUCAACGUUCGGACCAAUUGGGUUUGUUCGCAAAAACUGAGAAACCCUCCCACGUCAUUUCCGAUACUCGUAAGGAAACAAGGAUUUAUGUAUUACAAAAUUGCUAGCAGAGAACAAUGGUCAUGUUCGUUUCUUACAAAUCGUAAUUAACUUAUGUCUAGACAUUUCUUAUACAUACAUACUGAAAAGUGCAAAUUACUAAAACAAACUAUAUUCGUUGUAGGCAGGCUUUUUUUUGCGGUAGUUUUGGUCUAAAAUUGGCGCUUGUCUCCGGCAUAAAAUAUAUGUUAUUGACAGGUUUUGUUGUACGGAGGUUUUAUAGCAAUUUAACACACAAAAAGUCCUUAAAAAACCUGCGUAUGAUAAAAAAAAAAUUUAUUUUUUGUGACAAACGUAAGAUAACUGUAAGAUAAUUUUGUGCCUCUGUAAACAUUGCCUGCAAAAAAUUUGCAAUUUCUCGGUAUUAUACCAUUUUCUUACACAUUCGACCUUUGCAUCGCCUGCAGCAUUUUUGUUCAAAUUGUUUGAUUUUCUCGUGAUUAUUUGUUCUGACUCUUCUUAUAGCUUAUUCAUAUAUAGUUUGAUCUCUUGCUUUUUCAGCCAAUUCUAUGCAAACCUUGCCGGAAGUGCAGCCAUCAGCAACCAUGGAAAAGGUGGAAGAAUGUCGAUUCGAACGGUUGCUCAACGUCUACAACUACGGAACCUUUUCGAACUCCGCCGUGUCGCAGGCCAUGCUCAAGGAUUAUUUGGACAAUAAUCGUAAGUUUUUUGCAUUUGAAUUUGUAAAAUACGAAUUAGUACGUAACGAGUAGCCCUUUAGUGUAAUAAAGGGCUACUCUUCUAAGUUGAAAGUCAGUACAACGAAACCUGUCAAUAAUAUAUACAUAUCAUAUCAUAUUUCCUUGUAGAUGACUCAAUUAAUUUCAGGUCCCAACCAGAACUAG